UAAUGAAUCAUCCUCUUAUUUCACCUAGUCCGAGAUAUUUCCCCUCUUUUUCUCCGCCGAGUCCUUAGAUUGGUGCACUUUUUUUCGGAAGAAAAAAAUAAGAAUAAGAAAGAAGAUAUGUGCACUUUUUAUUAACACACACCCAAAUAGUUUUCAGGGAGUCGUUGGUUCUAAGAAACGAUGGAGAUGAAGAUCUCCAAUUGUUUUCCCACGCAAAAAUGGUGCGGAGGAGCAUCUUUUUCUAGACAAGUAAAUGUUCGAUUCUAUCCACUACCUUCUCAACGCUUGCCUCCAGCUUCCGGCAAAAUGCGCCAGCGCCGCAAUUUUAGUUUGCAGAACAAGAAAAAACAAACCAAGACAAUAAAUAUCGAACGCCCACCAGAUGUUGAUCUACAGUUAAGUGAUGAUGUAGAUUCUGAUACUGAAAAGAUGUCCAAACAAAGCCUAUCAAGUUCAAAUCAGGAAGUUUCCAUCGAAGAAAAUGUUGACACUUUGACGGAAAUCAAAAGUUCAGAUGAGAGUACUUAUUCGUCUGUCGACUCAAAUGAGGAGGGACAACCUUCAAGUGUUCAUCUUAAGGAUUUGAUUGGCAUGAUAAGAAAUGCGGAAAAGAAUAUUCAUCUACUCAAUGAAGCUCGGGUCCAUGCGUUAGAAGAACUUCAAAAAGUUCUUGGAGAGAAAGAGGAUUUGCAUGGGAAGAUCAAUAUCUUAGAAAUGAAGCUAGCAGAAACUGAUGCACGGCUCAGCGUUGCUUCCCAAGAAAAAAUACACGUGGAACUUCUAGAAGACCAGUUGGGAAAGCUAAAAAAUGAGUUGUCUAGAAGCAGAGGCAGUGAGGAAAAUGUGCUUAAUGUGAAUAAUUCAGUUCCUCUUUCACGUAGUGAUUUUGUAAAUUCACUGAGUGAGCAAUGUGAUUCGUUAAGGAAAGAAAAUAUGUUAUUGAAGCAAGAUCUUCAAUCGAUGAAGUCAGAGCUUAGCUUAGUCAAGGAAACAGAUGAACGCGUUUUAAUGCUAGAGAAAGAACGAUCAGUUCUUGAAUCUUCUUUAAUUGAGUUGGAAUCUAAACUGGCUGCAUCUCAGGAAGGUGUUUCGGAGCUCUCUGCCUUGAAAUUGGAGUGCAAAAAUUUAUAUGAAAAGGUGGAACACUUACAAGCAUUGCUAGCUAAGGCAACCAAACAAGCAGAUCAAGCAAUAUCAGUGCUACAGCAAAACCAAGAGCUGCGGAAAAAGGUCGACAGGCUUGAAGAAUCUCUUGAAGAGGCUAGCAUCUAUAAACUUUCAUCUGAAAAAUUACAGCAGUAUAAUGAACAAAUGCAGCAAAAGAUAAAACUUCUUGAUGAACGCCUUCAGAGGUCUGAUGAAGAGAUACAAUCUUAUGUCCUGCUGCAUCAGGAUUCUGUCAAGGAGUUUCAAGAUACACUUGAUAAUUUGAAAAAUGAAACUAAAAAAAAAGCUCUAGAUGAACCUGUAAACGAGAUGCCUUCCGAAUUUUGGAGUCGGUUAUUGCUGAUGAUUGAAGGUUGGUCUAUGGAAAAGAAAAUCUCAAAGGAUGAUGCAAAGUUGUUAAGAGAACUGGUCUGGAAGAGAGAUAGACGUAUUUGUGAUGCAUAUAUGUCAUGCAAGGAAAAGAAUGAUCGUGAAAUUCUAGCGGCAUUUCUUAGAUUUACUUCAUCACCAACACGUCCAGGACUGCAUAUCAUCCAUAUUGCAGCCGAGAUGGCCCCUGUUGCGAAGGUAGGUGGUCUAGGGGAUGUGGUGGCAGGUCUUGGCAAAGCUCUGCAGGAGAAAGGACACCUUGUGGAAAUUGUUCUUCCUAAAUAUGAUUGUAUGCAGUAUGAGUCAAUCAAGGACAUGAAGGUCUUAGAUGUGGUGGUUGAGUCCUAUUUUGAUGGUCGGUUAUACAAAAAUAAUAUCUGGACGGGCACUGUUGAAGGCCUUCCAGUUUAUUUUAUUGAACCUACGCAUCCUGGUAAAUUCUUCUGUAGAGGACAACUUUAUGGAGAGCACGAUGAUUUCAAACGAUUUUCAUUCUUUAGCAGGGUAGCACUUGAAUUACUACUUCAGGCUGAAAAGAGACCAGAUAUAAUUCAUUGCCAUGAUUGGCAAACAGCUUUUGUUGCACCACUUUAUUGGGAAAUAUAUGUGCCAAAAGGAUUGGACUCAGCGAGGAUUUGCUUUACAUGCCAUAAUUUUGAGUAUCAAGGGACUGCACCGGCAUCAGAAUUAACAUCUUGCGGUCUUGAUGCUUAUCACUUGAACAGACCAGAUAGGAUGCAGGACAAUUCAGCAAAUGAUAGAAUAAAUCCCGUGAAGGGUGCAAUUGUGUUCUCUAACAUUGUUACCACAGUUUCACCAACUUAUGCUCAAGAGGUCCGCUCUGUUCAGGGAGGAAAAGGACUUCAUGCAACAAUUAACUCCCAUUCUAAGAAAUUUGCUGGAAUUCUAAAUGGAAUCGAUACUGCUGCUUGGAAUCCUGCUUCUGAUAAUUUUCUUAAGGUCCAAUACAGUGCCAGUGACAUAGAUGGAAAAAUAGAAAAUAAAGAAGCUUUAAGAAGACUUCUAGGGCUCUCUUCUUCUGACUUUAGACAACCAUUGGUUGGUUGCAUAACAAGACUGGUUCCUCAAAAGGGCGUGCAUCUUAUUAGACAUGCCGUAUAUAGGACUUUGGAGUUGGGAGGUCAAUUUGUUCUUCUUGGUUCUAGCCCGGUGCCGCAUAUUCAGAGGGAAUUUGAGGAUAUUGGGAACCAUUUCCAAAAUCACGAACAUGCUCGGUUGGUAUUGAAGUAUGAUGAGGCUCUUUCCCAUUUGAUAUAUGCAGCAUCUGACAUGCUUAUUAUCCCUUCCAUCUUUGAGCCUUGCGGUCUUACUCAGAUGAUAGCGAUGAGAUAUGGGUCGAUACCAAUUGCUAGGAAAACAGGGGGCUUGAAUGAUAGUGUUUUUGAUGUUGAUGAUGACUCAAUCCCACUUCAGUUUAGAAAUGGAUUCACAUUUGCGACUGCUGAUGAACAGGGAUUCAACAAUGCUUUGGAACGUGCAUUUAACUAUUACAUGAACAAUUAUGAGUUUUGGAAAGAGCUUGUUCAGAAGGACAUGAGCAUAGAUUUUAGUUGGGAUUCAUCAGCAUCACAAUAUGAAGAACUUUACGAGAAGGCUGUGUUGAGAGCAAGAGCUGCAAGUCGUAGUUGACCUCAUUCCAAUCACGAUUUGUUAAUUUAUUGAUCAGUUAGCUGCUUGAAUAACAGGGCAUGCCAUCAUUGUGUGGCAAUAGCAUCCACUCGGGGAUAACAGGGCGAGCAACGACUUCACUGAGAAUUGUGAUUUCACAAUGAGGGUAAUGUAUGUACAACCUCGGAUAUCAAAGGUGUAAGGCAGAAUUGGCAUACCAAUACCAUCUGUCAAGCUUUUCCGGCGAGAAAUGAGCAACUCAGUUUAAUUUACAAUUUUGUGUAAAUCUUUAUGUUGUUAGUACAAUAUAUUCUUUUUGGCCAAAUAUGUUGUUGGUAAAUACUUUUCAUAGUGCUUAAAGCAAGAAUAUAGAGAGUGUAGUCAACUUGUUUACGUACGUGAGAUGCUGUAUAGAUUUUUUUAUAAAGAGAAUUCAUUAAAUUAAAUAAACUGCUCUAGUUGUAAAUUCAAGUGCAACCUUUCAACA